CCCGGGUGUAAAUAACACGCUGUCCUAUCCUCGCGCUCUCUCUCUCCUGUUUGGAGCAAAUUGAAUUGAUCCAGAACAAACCUCUGAUCAGGUGCUCUCUCUCCUCAAGUCAUAACGCUGAGGUAUUUGUUUUUUUAGCCCAGGCAACAUUAUUUUUCCCCCUCUUAUUCAAGGAUAAACCAGCUGGAAACCGGAGUAAUAAUCAUCCCUGCAUUGUUGUGGAGGAGUGAAUGUAUUGAAGCAGCGAGCAGAGCAGAGAGAGCAGCACCGAGGAGGAGGCAGCUCAGCUCCAGCUCCUCUGUCUCUGUCUCUGUGAUGCAGCUGUUUGUGCUGGCUGUGAGAGAAAAAACACCCAUCAGGAGACCGCUUUUACACCGCUAACGGGAGACAAAACCAGCCUGCUAUUUGUUAUUCUGCACGUGUGUUGGGAUUGCAUAUAUAUAUACACGAAGAAGAGCUUGGAUUGGAAAGCCAUGUAGCUCAGCGAAUAAAACCGACGCUUUGAUUUUUCUCAUUCAUUUUUUUUCUCUCCACUGUUUUUCCUCGCCGAGGUGAUUUCUUCCUCCUCAACCGUGAUCUGUGUUUUUUUUUAUUUUUUUGCAGACCUUUUGGCUGUUUGUUUUUGGACGUGGAAGCCACACACAUAUUUAACUCGGUGAUAUUACACAGAGAAGUGUACAGAAGAGGAGGAGAGAGGAGAGGAAGAGGAGAGCGUUGGCAUCUCUCCAUCCAUGCGCGCUGCUAUUUAUUAUGGAGCUGUGAUGCUUCUCUACUUUCUCCAAGUGUUUUCAUGUGGCCUGGGUGUGUUUUGAGGUGAAACAUGCUCUGAACAUCGGGGGGUAUUCAGUGACGCAACAUCUCACCCAGACUGCAUGAGAAACACAUGCGUAUAGAAGGGCGUGAACUUGCAGAACCUCCUUCACCAUCAACAACAAAGCAUCUGCUUAUCCAUAAAAAGCCACUUUGCAUACCCUCCUUCAUUCAUUCAUCUAUCUGAAGUCAUCCAUCAUAAUGGAUCUGAAAGCGGACUCGGAGGACAUGGACUACAAGCAGCCGGCUCCCAUCGAAGUUUUCGCCAGCAGGUCCACGCUGCACGGCAUCUCGCACAUGUUCACCUAUGAGCGGAUGUGCAUCAAGCGCAGCCUGUGGAUCUUGUUCUUCCUGAGCUCCGUGGGCGUGCUGGUGCUGGUGUGCGUGGACCGCGUGCAGUUCUACUUCCAGUACCCGCACGUCACCAAGCUGGACGAGGUGGCGGCUCCGAUGAUGGUGUUUCCAUCCGUCACCUUCUGCAACCUCAACUCCUUCCGCUUCAGCAGGGUGACGCGCAACGACCUGUACCACGCUGGAGAGCUGCUGGCCUUGCUCAACGGCAGGUAUGAGAUCCGGGACCCACACAUGGUGGAGGAAAAUGUCAUGCAGGUGCUGAAGGAGAGGGCCGACUUUGACAACUAUAAGCCCCGCCCCUUCAACAUGCGCGAAUUCUACGACCGGACGGGCCACGACAUCAAGGACAUGCUGCUCUCCUGCUACUACCGGGGCAUGGAGUGCAGUGCUGAAGACUUCAAAGUGAUAUUCACACGCUACGGAAAGUGCUAUACCUUUAAUUCAGGCAAGGAUGGACGACCUCUCAUGGUGACCAUGAAGGGUGGGAUGGGCAACGGCCUGGAACUGAUGUUGGACAUCCAGCAGGAUGAAUACUUGCCUGUAUGGGGAGAGACGGACGAGACGUCGUUUGAAGCAGGGAUCAAAGUUCAGAUCCACACCCAGGACGAGCCGCCGUUCAUAGACCAGCUGGGCUUUGGAGUGGCGCCGGGGUUUCAGACCUUUGUCUCCUGUCAGGAACAACGGCUGACGUACCUGCCUCCCCCGUGGGGGGACUGUAAGGCCACGGCGAUGGACUCAGACUUCUUCAGCACUUACAGCAUCACGGCGUGCCGGAUCGACUGUGAGACACGAUACCUAGUGGAGAACUGCAACUGCAGGAUGGUCCACAUGCCUGGAGAUGCCCCAUACUGCACCCCGGAACAGUACAAGGAGUGUGCAGAUCCUGCCUUGGACUUUCUUGUCGAGAGAGACAAUGACUACUGUGUGUGCGAGACGCCGUGCAACAUGACGCGCUUCGGUAAAGAGAUGUCCUUUGUCAAGAUACCCAGCAAAGCAUCAGCCAAGUACCUCGCCAAGAAAUUCAACAAGACAGAGCAGUACAUAGCUGAUAACAUUCUGGUUCUGGAUAUCUACUUUGAAGCACUGAACUACGAAACCAUUGAACAAAAGAAAGCCUACGAACUGGCAGGCCUUCUGGGUGAUAUUGGAGGUCAGAUGGGUCUCUUCAUCGGAGCCAGCAUCCUCACUAUUCUCGAACUCUUUGACUAUCUAUAUGAGGUGAUCAAGUACAAGCUGUGCCGAUGCGUGAAGAAGAAACACAAAGGCCGCAACAACAAUGACCGGGGAGCUGUGCUGAGCCUGGAUGAUGUGAAACGCCAUGCUCCUUGCGAGAACCUGCGUACACCAUCAACAUAUCCUGGCAACAUGCUACCUCAUCACCCGGGCCAGGCCAACUUUGAAGACUUCACUUGCUGAGCAGACCCGGGUGAAGCAUCAAAGUGCGUGUUUAUGCAACCAAAGCCAACCAUACAACAAGAACUAUCCAGCACGGGGAGUGUGAGGAACUGAUACAAAGUCUAACAGAGGCACUUUUUACAUAGGAAGGGAGUAAAGCGGACAAAUCAAACACGACAAGGAACUGUCACCCGAGGCCAAGUGGAGAGGAUAUCCCAAAUAUUACAAAAUAUCAGUUAAUUUUCCAGAGAACAUUUCAUGCAGCACUCUAAACUAUCUCUGUGUUUUCCUCUGGAAUACUGCCGCAAAGGAUGCUCGUGGAGGAACCUUGCCGACACGGAUCUCUCUUUCAAAAUAACGUGUAAAAAUAAACAAGGGAACAUGUACAGCUAUCUCACCAUAGACAGCAGAUCAUAAAAAAAGAGCCCCCAUGCCUUUAUAUAACACAACAACACACAACGGUUUCACAUAACACUGGCCUGCUAGUGGGACAAAUAUUACAUACUGCUUACUCCACUGUACAUGUAGCAACAUAUGUAACUGUUGCAGCGCUCCAUAAAACAACAGCUGGACUCUGUGUAGUUUGUAUGAGAAUGUAUCUAUGUUCACGAUGAGAGUGGUCGGGCGUGCAGGGAAGUUUUUCGGGGGGCUCGUGGUGGCAGCGGUGGUGGUAGAGGUGCAUCAUCUACCAUUUAAAAUGUACUGGUGAUGAUUUCAGGUCUCAUCAUGUAAAUGCAUGCUUGUAUUUGUCCAGUGCAUGUUUUUCAUUUCAUCUCUAAUUUAGAUUUUCGUUUAUAUAUGUUUAUAUAUAUAUGUGUGUAUAUAUAAACAUAUAUAUAUAUAUAACUACCAAGUUUGCCUCAAUGAUAUACAGGAAAAGGAAGAUCAUACAUCCAAUAUAUUUUCUGUGUACGUGUGGUUUGUGUGUGUGUGCGUGCGUGCGUGCGUGUGUGGGCUUACAUACCAACAUCAGUACCCGAGCAGAUACAGUGUGUGUUUGUUGACUGUGCAAUGAAUGAAUGAGCUGCACCUAAUAGAGUGCUACAGGAAUGAGUCCUACAACCCAGAAAUGAGUUAGCAUUUUAGCACUUCUGGUUCCCUUGUCUGGAAGCCAAUGGGUUUUUUGAAUGGGUUUUUAGUUAGCUGCCUGAAGUAAGGUCUGUGGUUAACACAAACUGAAGAGAUUUUAGCAUUUUGUUCUGAUAUAAAAUACAUUAGUAAAUAUCCCACUCGUGAAUUUCAAAGCCAUGUUUCUUAAAAAAGGUGGUUAAGUAUCAAAAACGUGUGUUUGCCGCAGAGCUUACUUCUGCAAUAAUCCAAAACCCAAUGGAAAAAUCCCAUUGGCUUUUUCUCGAGGGAACCAGGGCGAUGCUAACUUCCUGGUUGGCCUACAAAAAAACGUCAUCCCUGCACCACUCUAAUCAAUUUCUUAUACAAUCUUUUUUUUUUUUUUCAUUAUCACAUGUGCCCGAGGAGUUUUCAUUCAACUUCAUUAAACUCUUAAACUCUCGACUGCAGGAUUAAGGUGAGGUGAAUUUUUGUUUCUCGGAGAGUUUAUCGCUGAAAUCCUUGGGAGUUUCGUGGGGCUGUUUAAAAAAAAAAAAAUUCUGUAUCUGUGUUCUAGUUGCAAAAGUCUUAUCAAAGCACAAUACCGCCAGUAUGUAGAGGUGAUGUAAAAGACAACGUACUAUUCUUCUUGAUAUAUUGUCAUAUUAUUAAUAUCGUGUUGAUCCGACUGUUUUUUCGGUUGUUUUUUUCUUUCAUAUAAAACAUACUCGAUAUAUUGCCUGAUAAUCCUGUCUCCAUCUUCCAGGUAAUAGGCUGGUCUAUUUAGUUAUCAAAGCAUAAAUAAAAUGUAAAUAUAAUUUUGGAAAAUUAUUAUUCUUCUGAGGUUUUAUUCUUAUCCCUCUUUGAAGCCUUUAUUUGUCCGUUUGGUUGAAUAGGUAAACAGGGAAUGUAUUUUUUCAGCUCCAGAUACUGUGCAAAUGUUCAUUUUUUUAAUCUCAAGUAGCUCUCAGAAAAUCUGAUUAAGGCAUUUCGCUAUCUCCAUUUUCUCUUAUCAACAUUUUAUCUUGUGUUUUUGCUUCAUACAACAUUUUCUUAGAAUUAAAUCAGCAUUAAGGGUUUGGGUUGCAGAAGUCUGGUAUUAAACUAGAUAUUACUUAUCUACUUCAACCAGUCAUUUGUGCUGCAGUUGAACUGCUGCAAGCCACAACAUUGGUGUUUUUAAGCUCCAUACUCUUGAAACGUAAUUACAGUUUCUGCUGCAGUGUGACAAAAGGUUGGAUGAGAAAUAUCCUGCACAGCCAAUACAAGUUUUAUCAAGAUUGUCAGUCAGCCAGCAGCCGCACACUCUGGACGGCUCCUCUUCCUAUUCUACUGUACAUCUGGUGCUGCCAGCUGCCACACUUGUGUUAGAAAAGCGGCUUGGUGAUGCAUGACUGUGAAUAUUAGAGCCCAGUUAUGCACCCUUAAACAUGGUCCGCCUUGAAAUCGUGUUUGUUGCUCGGCCGGCUGCACAUCAGUCCACUGCUACCAGACACCAGAGGUUGUUCAAGGACAGGAAGUUUACUUUUGUCUAAUGAUUUUUUCAUGGAUUCUUUUAGUGGGGAAAACAUCAACAUUGUUCACCAAAUGUGAGUGUGCAUUAAUUUUUUUAUUAUUCAGAGGAGAAACCGCAGCCGGUAACCACGCAUUAAUAUACAGAGUGUUAAAGCUCCCGGGAACCGGCUCCCAACAUCCGAUGAAGAUUUCUCCUGUUUUGAAUGUGUGAAACAUGAUGGUGCCCCCUGAUGGUUUUAUUAUUUUCUGUUGUACCUGCCAAGAAGACAAAUUAAUCAAGAAAUAAAAGAUGAUGCUGUUAA